GAACUGCAAUUAUUUCAAUUAUCAGUAAAUAAACAAAGCAUGGAAACUUAAGUAGCAAAGAGAAUAUAAAAGUGAUAAUGGAGCCGUCAAAAGAUCCAAUUGCGGUGCGUAUUACGCGUCUUAAUCGACAGAUUUUAGGGAAAGUGACUAGUGGUGCGAGUAAACUCCGGAAGACAAUAGAUCGCGAGGCACUCCUCGAUGCCCUCACAGUUUUAUACGAUGAAUGCAAUGAUGAUCCUGUUAAAAAGUGCGACGACCUCGUCAAAUCAUUUGUGGACAAAUACCGAAGCACGCUGGCCGAGCUGCGGCGCACCCGAGUCUGCUACUCUGACUUUGAAGUCCUGCAAACAAUUGGCAGGGGCCAUUUUGGAGAAGUCCAUAUGGUCCGUGAGAAGCAAACAGGGGAUGUGUACGCGUUGAAAAAUGUGCGCAAAGAGGCAGUGCGAGCGCGUGCCGCCGGCGCGGCGGAGGACGAGAGAGACGUACUGGCGAACUCUAACAGCCCUUGGUUACCCAAACUGCAAUAUGCUUUUCAGGAUUGCAGCAAUCUGUACCUAGUUAUGGAGCUGUGCAACGGUGGCGACCUGGCCGGUUUGCUUUCUCGGCGCAACCAUCCGUUGUCCGAACGCGACGCGGCCUUUUACGUGGCCGAGACUGCGCACGCGCUGAACACACUGCACAACAUGGGAUACGUGCAUCGGGACGUGAAGCCUCACAAUAUUUUGCUAGACAGAUGCGGGCACGUGAAGCUCGGCGACCUGGGUUCGUGCGCUCGUCUGUCAGACGGCAGUUGCGCCGAAGUGCCAGUGGGCACCGCAGACUACGUGGCUCCUGAGCUGCUGGCAGCUGCUGACUGCGCCCAACGACACUCAGUCUGUCUCCAGUCUUGUCGCGGCAUUGUGAAUACUGCCAUUUCGGCGUGCGACUACUGGUCGCUCGGGGUAGUGGCGUUCGAGCUGGUCACCCUGCGAAGACCCUUCUCCGCUACCGACGACGAUUCCAUCUCGGCCAUACUUGCUAAUAUACAAAAAUACGAGCGCGAUCCGACUGGCGGGCCUCCUUUCUUGCCCUCUCCGGACGGGCCGUCGCGGGAGUGGCGCGAACUGGUCUCGGGACUGCUGCGCGUGCAGCCUUCAAGAAGGCACAGCUAUCUGGACACCCUACAGCACGCCGCAUUGUCGCAUCUCGCCACACAUUCCAUACGCGAUCAGGCGCCGCCGUGGGUGCCCUGCCUGCGCGGCGCGGAAGACGCGUCACACUUCUCCCCCGGGCCGCGCCCGCCACCGCCCCCCUCCGCCGCGCCCUUUCGCGCUCGUCAGCCCUUCGCGGGUCAAUUACCCUACGUGGGUUUCUCUUACGUCGCGCCAGAAGAAACCGAGGACUCCAGUGGCGGAUUCAAUGCCUCACAUGACUGCACUGCAAUCGACUUGGCUACUUUUAAAUCUGCAGAGAAAUUAGCUGCCAUGCGAGGUCGUGAAAUGGCCUUGCUGCAAAGUAAGCUCGCAGCGGCGGAGGCGACGGCGGCUGCCGAGGCGGAAAAGGCGCGGCGCGCCGCUGACGCAGAAGCUGAGAGGCUCCGCGCUCGGCUGCAAGCCGAAAUCACAGCACUGAGCUUACAGAACAAACGCCUCGAACGUCAAGUCGAAGUCGAAAAAGAUGAACGGAUGGCCUUAGAACGCACCAUCCAACAGUUACAAACGAACAACUCGGAACGUUGCAAUAUAGAGCUUAGAGCCGCGCAAGCAACUACUGCAGAGCUGCAGAAUGAGAGAGAUGCGUUGAAAAAUGAUAUGAAGAGGUUGGAGGAUAAAGUGUCCGAAUUACAAGGAGAGUGUUCACGUGCGGCUGCAGCUGCUGACUCGGCUCGAGCGCAGCAGAAACAUUACAAGGACACAAUAGCAAAGGAAAGAGCGCUUCGUCGGCAAACGCUCUGCGGCGGGGAACAUGAAAACCGCGAGGCGGGUGCUCGCGCCGCGCAGGCAGAAGCUAAAGCUGCCACUGAGGCCAGGGCCAGGGAAUUGGCAGAGAAACGCCUGGCCGCUGCACAGACGGAGAAUGACAGCUUAAAAUCAGAGUUGGAAGAGAGUAGAAGACUUCUGGCUUCCACACAAGAGACUUUGAGUGAGAAGCGUCGCGUUGCAAAUUCGGCCUCAGAACAGGUGAAGGAAUUGCAAGUGCAGCUUGCACAGGAGCGCACUAGGGUCACCUCUCUACAGGCCCAAGUUCAAGAGCUGGAGCGCGCCAUAGAGGAGGCGGCUCGUCGCGAGGCAGCCUUGGAGGAACAGAGUGCACGAACCGAGUCUCGCCUGAACGAGCGCCUGGAAGCCGCAGAGACCAGAGCUUCUAAUGCCUUGCAAGACGACGCAAGGCAUCGCGAAAAGGUGAACACGUUGGAGCAACUCGUCCGACAGUUGGAACGUGAAGUAAGGGCAUUAGAAACACGAGGCUGUGUGGGAUGUCAAGCGCGUGAAGACGCCGGUGACAGUGGGGAUGCUAAGAGGGACCACCACAGCGACACUGAGAGUGUGGGUGAUGCUAACCACGCGGUGCUAGCACAAACUGUAGUGCUAAAGGAACAACUUGAACGCGCUGAGGCACAGUUACAGGCUCGUGCUGAAGAAAUAGCAGCAUUACGACAAGAAGCGAGGACGGCUAACCUAGCCAGGUGGCGGAAGGAACGCGAAAACAAUGAGCUUUCAUUAGAAGUUAAAGCUUCUGCCCGUGAUUUAAAACGAACUGAAGAACGGUUGACAGCAGCUUUAGAAGCUCGCAAGAUUGCCGAGCAAAAAGUUUCUGCGCUACAGAGUGAGAUAACAACAUUGAAGCCACAUCAUGAAAGAUCGAGUAAUGAAUUAGAGAGAAUAAAGUCGCUAUUCGACAAAUUGAAAAAGGAGCAUGAAACUGCGCAGGCUGAGGUCGAUAGAUCACGAAACGACAUUCGCAAGCUGAAGAGCGAGCUGCAAUACAGCGAGAAGCGUCGCAUGCACGCAGAGGAACAGGAGGAGUUAUCGAGCCGCGAACGAGCGCAACUGCGGGACGAACUCACUGAAGUGAGGAGCAAGAACCACGACUUGGAGCAGAAUAACAAAGCGCUGCAGGAGGCGUGCAGCCUUUUGGAGGAGCAGUUGAACGAUUUGGAAAGAUUAGCCGAUCUCAACGAAGUCAAAAACAGAGAACUAGAAGCGGAGAUGGCACGCAUCCGCGGUGACCUGGAGACCUGUCGCGGGCGGCUGGUCGAAGCAGAGCGGCGUGUGGCUGAGCGGGGGGCGGCAGCCGCGCUGGCUUCUCAGCAACACGAGGAGGCGAGGGACACUGCACAACAUGCGCAGUGUCAACUGCAGCUGCUUAAGGAACGUCUAGAAAACCGUGAAGCUCGCGUAAUAGAACUCGAGUCCCGAACGACUACACUAGAAGCCGAAAGAUCCGCUGCGGAGGCCGCACUUAGCAGCGCCGUGCGCCGCGUACGAGAGUUACAAGAGGAGUGCUCUGCACUGAGGACUCGCGCGCAUGAUCACCACACGCAUGCGCUGCAAUUGCAAGCCAGCCUUGCCGAGGCUCAGGAGGAGAUAGCGGCGGUGCGCGAGGCGAGCGAAGCGGCGACGUCGUGGUGGCGCACGCGCGAGACGAAAGCCGAUGCCACGCUUAGACAGCAGGCCAAGCUCAUCGACUUCCUACAGGCUAAAGUAGAAGAAGCAAGUCGCAAGAAAUGCUCAUUUGGCAAUAAGCUGUUUGGUCGAUCGGGGCGUCGCUCUGCCACUUCACCGCCGCUGCGUCGCGCCAACAGAGAACUACGCGAAGAAGUUGACAGACUACGCGCCAAAUUAGCAGAGAAUGCCUACAACGGUAACCCCUAUCCUUGUACGCCCAGAUCAUACAGAGAUAAAAAUAAACCAGUUAACACAAAUGGACGUAACGGCAUAGAUACACAGGACGCAAACGAGGACACAGUGCUCGUAGUAUGGGCUGACAACAACAGAGAGCGUAUGAAAGUGAGCAACAAAGACGGCGCGCUGCUGCUCACUAGGGGAGACAAGGAGAUCCGUGCGCGAUUCUUCUCCACUGGCGCGAAGAAUUUAGCUCAAAAUGAAGCUAACAGAGCUUUUACUAUAAAGCUAGGCGAAGGUGGCACCGGAGUGGAAGCUAUAGUGGUAUGCAACAACGUGUCGCAGCGUGCGACACUCGUGUCGUCGCUGGAGCCGCCGCCUGUGUCCGCCGUAGGGUACAAUCCCCCGUUGGUGGCCCACCGCCGAAAAUCCAUGCCAUCUUGUGCGCUUUAUAUCGCGCCCAAUGCUAUUGCUAUUGGUUGUACCGACGGGCUGCAUUCCAUCCGCGGACCGAUCAGCAUCGACGUGGAGUCACACGCGUCAUCAGCGAGAACCAUCGAAGUCGGUGGCCCAAUUGAGCGUCUCGCCGUUGUGGGGGGACGGGCGCUCCUCGCCCUAGGGGCGCAGGGAAGCCAGGGAGGGACGCUGCUGCACGGUGGUUUGCUGGCGCUGGGCUCGGCGUUACGGCGGGCUGCAGCACUUAAACCCGCGCUGUCUGUCAUGCAAGUGCACCUACCUGAUACCGCUACACCGCACCUCAUUCAGCCGAUGUCCGGUGAUCACGCGGAUGAACUGUCGGCUGCAGUGGCUUGCGGCCGACGUGUCUUCCUGCUGCAGUUUGAUGCCUCUGUCACAGAAUUCAAGAUGGUCCGUUCUCUCACCGUCGACAAAGUGUACUGCUUGCUUCUCACCUCAAAAGCUGUAUACAUCGGCGGAGAAAAACCUCUCAGAGUCAACCUGCCAUCAGGAGCGCUCGAAACUUUUGGCAUGGAUGAACCUACCAUUGCAGCCGCCGCCAAGAAACAUUCGCCACCUAAAGCCAUGCUCCUAAUUCGCGAUGACCCCAUGGAAAUCCUACUUUGCUACGCCGAAUGUGGAGUUUUCGUCGACGGAAACGGGAAGAGAUCUCGAAGCGAAGACCCUAAAUGGAGCUCGGCCGUCCAGGGAUGGGAAUUUGUCAAUCCGUUCCUUUAUCUCAUCGGUGAACAGAAAGUAACAAUCAUUUACAUCAACGACGACGCAUAUAAAGUCCCGCCGUGUACUUGCGACACGACAUCGAUGGCAUCUUCAGUAUCUGAAUGUUUCAUACCUGAAGUAUACAACUUGAAAAUGAAUGAGCCCUUUUUGUUAGGUACUGCGCCGAAUGGUAUACUAGUACGUUCAAAAUCUGAUGACGGAUUCAAUGUAUCCAUAAUCGAAGGCAUUACAGCAUUUAAAAGCGUUGGUGCUUCCGUCGAGUCCUUAGACUCUUGCUCGGAUCCGCGAGGAUCUUUGACUGAUUUACCGCAGUCAUUCCCAGAUCUCGGUCCGCAAUUUGUUGAUAAUCCACAGGACAUGUCGCAAGAGAGCGUAGAACCCAACACUGGCUUUUUGGCUGAUAUUCGAAAGAGAGCGCGUCAGUUGCGCAAGAAAAGCCGUAAAGAGCCCUCACCUGAAGAUGUAAUUAAAGAGAUUUUGACUACAGAAGUCGGUUUACAACGUCGCUCGUUCGGAAGAAAAUCGCCUGCGAUGACGUCAGAGUUCGAUUCAGAUUCAGAAACUGAUGAUCCAGAACAAAACUCCACGGAUAAAGGAACGGCCGAUCUUUGUGCAGAAAUGUUCACGAGACAGGUCAGGUUUCAAUAGAAGAGAAGGUGAACACCGACAAAAAUUUUAUUAAAAUUAUUAACUAUAUGUAUCAUAUGAUACAUAUGGUUGAGGCCUGCAUAUAUGUGCAUACAUACGCAGGCCUCAAUUUGGAAAAAAAGUAAGUGUGGUGAUGUUUCUUUUUUCUCUCAAGACAAGUGCAUUGCACUACUUCAAAUCUCCUACCACAUAUAUUGAAAAUCUCUAAUUAAAACCACUGUUUUUCGUAUCAAUAAGAGGCAAUUAUUUCUUUUAUUAGUAUUGUGUAUGGUUAUGAAAAUAGUGAACUAAACGAGAGCCGAAUUAUUGGAGAAAUUAAAAGUGACGGCUUUGGGGAAACGUUUGAGUGCGUGAUGUGCAAGACCUAUAUUUUGCACAUCAGUGCGUGAUGUGCAAGACCUAUAGUUUGCACAUCACGCAAACGUGCGUACGCAAACGUUUCACCAUAACUGUCUUAUACUUCGUAGUACUCAUAAAAUAACGCCUUAAUUAUAUAGUUUAAUAACCUUGUGUAUUACACUUAAUACUUAAAACAUAAUGUAGUAAUUUGAUGGACGGUAUUUGUACCUGAAUAUAAAAAUAAUAUCUAACAUCGUUUGUUAGAAUGUCUGUAUUUUUUGUAGUAUUCAAUGCUUUUGUUUUGUUUUGACUGCUAAAUGAUUUUGUGAACUUAAGUUUAUGUACGUAAUACGUAACCGAUGUAUGUUUAUUAAUUACGUUUAAUAUGUACUUAAUAAUGUUUUGUAUUUAAUACGCUGUGUAUUCGGAUUUAAACAAUAUAAUACAGUGGUGUAGCAACACAUGAGAGCUAUUCAUGCAAAUCUUUUAU